ACUGUAUCACCCUGUCCAGGUGAGCCAGUGUAUAAAACAGCAGUCAGACAACAGUGCAUUCUUUAAUAUGAACAACAACUACCCCUAAAGGGAGCUUAUUUCCAGUCUUUACCUGCAGUAGGAAUCCAUUAUGAGGAUCAUUUUACUUCUUGCUGCAAUGAUGGCAAUAUCUGAAGCCCUGAAUGACUGCUCUCUUGGAGCAUGUUACCCGCCUAGCAAAGACUUGCUUCUGGGCCGGUCUCACCACCUCCGAGCCUCCUCCACCUGUGGUCUCACUGGCUCAGAGAUCUACUGCACUCCAUUCCAGCAGUGGAGGAUGAAAUGCUGCCCGUGUGACUCCAGGAAUCCAAACGGUCAGCUGGCCCACACAGUCCAAGACAUCCUCACAACUGCUGGACCAGACAGAUGGUGGCAGUCCAGCAAAGGGAUAUAUCCAGUCACUCUUCAGUUGGACCUCAGUGACCUGUUCCAGCUUGACAACCUGGUGCUCAGCUUCAAGGGUCCUCGUCCUAGUGCCCUGGUCAUAGAAAGAACUCUAGAUAAUGGUCAGACAUGGCAGCCUGCACUAUACUUGGCCAAAAAUUGUGAGGAAGCUUUUCCUGGGGUCCAAAACACCACCCCUCUCAGUCUGGAGCAGAUUUACUGCCACACACUUCGCCCCCAUAUAAACGCAUACCAAGAAGAAACAAUUGAGUUCAGUCCAUUGCGUCAGUACACGUUUGCUCCAGGUUCCAACAGCCAGAAAAUUGAAGACAAGUCUGGUUUCACAGGAUUGCGGGUAACGCUGACUGAGCUGGGCGAUGUGCCCCGUUUACCAGGCAGAUCUCUCAGUAAGUUUUUUGCCCUGAAGGAGAUGAGAGUGAUGGGCACUUGCAUGUGUCACGGACAUGCUAACCGGUGCCUGCCAGAGGAAUACCAUAACCCGAAUUCCAAUAUUGUACAGGUGAAUUCUGUGUGUGACUGCAAGCAUAACACAGUUGGCAUAAACUGUGAGCGCUGUGCUGACUUCUACAAUGAUCUGCCUUGGAGACCAGCAGAGGAGGGAAACACACACACUUGCAAACGUUGUGAGUGUAACAACCAUGCCCAGCGCUGCCACUUCGACCCGGCAAUGUAUGAAGCCAGUGGGCAGAAGAGUGGAGGAGUGUGUGAGGGUUGCAUGCACCACACCACAGGGCCAAAGUGUGACCAGUGUGCCCCAGGCUACCAGCAGAACCCCCGAAGCCGAAUGGAUCGUCCUGAUGCAUGUAUACGCUGUAUUUGCAGUACAGAAGGGUCAGUGAGUGGGGGGCAGUGUGAAGACAGCACAGGCUCCUGUCGUUGCAAAGCUAAUGUGGAGGGUCCCCACUGUGACAGCUGCAAAAGAGGUUUCUACGGCCUGAGCUCAUCCAACCCUAUGGGCUGCAAAAAGUGUUCCUGUUCUCCUGUCGGCUCCCUGUCAGCUUUGUGUGAUCCUGUGACCGGAAUGUGUCCCUGUCGUCCCCACUUCUAUGGCCUGACCUGCGAUGUUUGUUCAAAAGGCUACUGGAAACCUCCCCAAUCAGAAGUCUGUGAACCCUGUGGCUGUGACCCUACCUGGUCAACCAGUGACACCUGUGACCAGGUGACUGGUCAGUGCCAGUGCAGACCAGGGUUUAAAGGAAGAGCAUGCACUGAAUGUGCAGACAACACAUAUGGAACCCCUCUGUCUGGCUGCCAACGUUGUCAGUGUGAUAUAGACGGAACCCUUCCAGGAGUUUGUGACAGGAAAACAGGAGUGUGUUUGUGCCGGCAGGGUGUCACUGGGCUUCGCUGUGACUCUUGCAAUCGAGGGUACUGUAAAUCUUUUCCUGCCUGUAAACUUUGUCCAAGCUGCUUCUUUACCCUGGACUCUGAACGAAGGAACCUCACCCUUGUUCUGGAGAAACUUUCUCCCACAUUCCCCUCUCUUCCUGGUGGUGCUGGUGAUCUUGGAAACUUUGGGCCACGCAUUUGGGCUCUUGAGGGGAGCCUGAACCAGAUCAGGGACUCUAUAUCCCGACCACCCAACACUGCAACACUUGAUGGUGCUCUAUUCCAGUUGGACAAACUGAGGGAUGAGUUGGAAAAGGUUGAUGAUGAUCUUCCUCCUCCAGUGAGAGAUCCUGGUUUGGAAUCUGAGCUGAAUAAACUACAAGCUCUGGUAGAUAGCAUCACUUUGAUUUAUAAAGCCAAGAAAGAUGCUAUGGAGGAAAACAUUGACCCCAAUCAUGCAGGAGCACUCAAUACCAUCAAGAAUGCGUAUGAGGAAUCAACAGAUGCAGCUAAGAAAGUGACUUCUACUGGGAACACAGUAAAGGAGUCAAGUGACAUCCGGAAAGAGACCAAAGAAAUUCAGAAUCAAGUGCAGCCAAACAACAUGAGGGAGCUGAGCAAGCUAGAGAACAACAUGGCUUCCCAACCAGACCUCACUCCUGUCGCAAAACAGGUGUGUGUCAGUGUUCAAUCAGAGCCCUGCACCCCUCUCCAGUGUGUGACGAAUGCUCUGUGUCCACCCGAGGCAAGCCCAGCCUGUAAAAAUGGAACAAAGUGUGUUGGUUCUCUGCCUUUAAGCAAAAGGGCUGACACUGAUGUUAUGGAUGUCAAGGACCGUCUGAGCAAACUUGCUGUGAAAAUCACAGAGGCUACAGAGAUGCUUCAGAAUACACAGGAAAAAUCUGAUCUGGUGAGACAAUUAGUAAAUGACCUGUCCAGCAAAACUAAAAAAGCCAGAGAUAUGCUGGAGGAGGACUUAAAAGAGACACGCGAUGUUGUUAAAGAGCUUAAAGAUUUUCUGUCAGACCCAGCCUCAAACCUGACCCAGGUCCAGGAGGUGAGUAAUUGGAUUCUGAAAGAAAAGCUACUCGUCAGUCUGCCUACCUUGAAGACAAAGCUUGAGGAGUUAAAAAACUUGACAGCAAAUCUACCAAGCACAAUGAAUGUGCUGAAGGAGGCCAAGCCACAACUGGACACAGCCAGGACAUUGCUUCAGGAGGCUCAGGACAGCAGGGUCAAGGCACUGGGAGCCAAGGACAAUGUGAGUGAAUUCCUGGAAGGCCUAAAAUCAGGGACUGGUUCCCUCUCUGACUUGGAAGAAAAACUGCAGGACAGCAUGGAUCUCAUUGAAAGCCUCAAUAAUAACCUGACACAAGCCAAAGACCAGCUGAAGCCAGCAGAGAAGGACCUGGAUGAUACAGGAGCACUGAUGACACCAGUGAAAGAGCAUCUUUAUGGGUUGAAAGAGCUACUGCAGGAUGCACAGCAGAAGGUUCCUUAUGCAUUAAAGACUGCAGAAAAAGCUGAGGAAGAGGCAGCUGCUGCAGAACCGGAUCUAAAUAUUUUGGAGGAACAGCUUGGCCGUCUUCGAGACAAAGCAGACGCUGGUGGCACUGAAGAGACAGCUCCUGAAGCUGAUAGACUGGAAAGGCUACAUGAGAAAGCUGGAGCUCUGGCUAACACCACGCAAAAUAUAAAAGAGGCUCUCUCAGGAAAAGCAGACUCCCUCAGACGACUACAGCAUGAGAUCUUUCAGAAGUCUACAAAGCUUGAAGGACUGGAUGCCAAGCUGAAAGAUAUCUUGACAGCACUUCGAAAAAGAGCAGAAGAACUCAGCAGCUGUCAGAACUAGGCCCCCAUGUGCUGUGCCUUGGAGCUCGUCCUGCUGCUCUAUCAUUAAAAACCUUAACUCAUAUUUUGUAUUUGCUCUCGUUGCAUGGCACUUUUUCAAGAAAAUCCAUCUUUAUACUUACAAAUAGUGAUCCAUUUCUCACUCUGCACUAAACUCCACUGUUCAGGAAAGGGUCAUUGAUACUGUACAGUAUAAUUGUUUUGGUUUGCAUCUGCUGUUUAUGCACCUUUAAAAUAAACGCUUAUUUACUGAUAUGUGUCUACCAUA